AUGGACCUCCUGUACGGAUACGAUAAAAGACACAGUUAUAUGGAGCAGACAGAUAUGGUUGAUUUUUUGGACCCGAACGAUAUGUUUCAUGCCCAUAUGGUAAGAUUUGAGAACGAUUGGCUGAACUCAUUCUUGGAUGACCCAGUUCUCAAUGACAGGAUGAUGACAGAUGCCAUGCAGCCUCCAUUAAUUAAAUCGGAACACAGUUACAGUAUCAAUGACAAUGAGCCUGGGUCACCACUUCAGCUACAGAGCCAUGAGGACAUGGACUCCCAUUUGUUUUCAAGCAACACUGCUCUGGAUCUGACCAUGAAACCAUCUUCCUCAUCCCAUGGUACAUGCGACACAACACAUCCUGAUGCUUUCUUAACAGUGACAACCACAGCUUCCAUGCUCAACAUGACGAGGCAGCCAACCAUCAUAGUCACAACAUCCACACCCACAUCAGCAGAAUCGUCUUCUUUUUACACCACUGAUAAUAUCACAUUCCCCACCAUCCAAAUUAAACACGAGCCUGGGGACUUUUUAGAUCAAAUACAUGAACAAAAUGUGAACCUGGAGUCCAUCAUCCUACCACCAACUCCGCCCGGCAGCUCGGGCAGUGACAGUGAGGGCAGUCGCAGUCCACAGAUCUCUGCUCCUUCCAGUCCUAUGGGACAAGCAUCCUACAGGCAUUCAUCUUCAUUAUCUCCAGUCUCUGACACCACAUUCACACAGCCACUGUUUAUCAAUCCA